AUGUGGACCUUGACCCUUCUGCAUUGUAUCUUGCUUUCUGCAGCCCAAAAUACCACAAAUAUAGGUAGUUCUGCACCUCGAACGAGCUUCUUAGAUGCCUUUAGAGCCCACUAUGCUCAGUUUCAAGCUGUGGCCAUUCAGGUUCACUCAGAACCAACAGAUCCAUUUUUACUAGAGCUCCUUGGAGAAGACUUGCAUCAGUUUGCACAGACUGCUACUGAGUCAUCUCACCUUGGAAGGCCAGAAGUGGUAUUCACAGAAACAACUGGACGCCCAGGACGACCGCGCACAGUAAUUGAUCCCAAUUUCCUUCGAUUUGCUUAUCAACAUCGUAGCACAAGUGGAAUAAGCAAUUUUCUAGAUGUUUCUCGUUCAACUCUGCGCCGUCGUUUGUUGGAGUAUGGCAUUGCUUCCCCAGGUGCUAACCCAUUUCCUCGCAUGGUGGGCUCAGUGGAAGAUACUCGUAGAAUUGAUGUCCAUUUGGACAAUUCUGAUGAGCUGCUUGACGCAGAAGUUCCACAACCAGCUCACUUGCCUGAAGAUGUGCGGGCUGAAGCAUCCUUAAUACCAUCUUCAUCAUCACCAGGUUAUAUAUCUCGUAUCUCAGAUGAGCAGCUCGAUUCCCUAUUAGGACGCUUGCGCAUACAUUAUCAUCGAGCAGGUAUACGAAUGCUGGAUGGCAUGCUUCGCCGUCUCUGUAUUAUUGUUCCAUAUGAACGCAUUCGGCAGUCUCUCAUUCGAAUUGAUCCCAUUCACCGCGUCUUCGACCGCAUUCGGAUUCGCCGUCGAGGAUAUUCUGUUCCAGGUCCAAAUUCGGUAUGGCAUCAUGAUGGACAUCAUCGUCAAUCUGUUCAUAAUGUUCGAAUUGAGCGUUUGUGGGUAGAUGUUAGCCAUUACAUUAGUCAAACAUGGCAUGAUAUGUUUACUCUCCUCGAAAUUCGCCAUGGACUGCAAGUCUCAAAUGUAAACCAUAUAUGGCUACUCCAGCAUCUUUUCCUUCCUGUUAUCAACGACCAGCUUGCCUUCUGGGCUGAGUCGUGGAAUAGCCAUCGGGUAUCACAGCGUCAUGGACCAGCACGGAGUCCUGAGGACAUGUUUGUCUUUGAUUCACUUGUCAAUGGGAUCCGAGGGGAGCCAUUGGACCAAUUUGCAAUGUCCGAUGAAGAGCUUGAGAUUUUUGGAGUAGAUUGGGAGGGUCUGCAAGACGAAGUACUUUUACGAGCUCUCCGACAAAACUAUUCUCCAAAUGAGGGCUCUGGUUCCUGGUUAGGUAGCAGAGGCCCUCCUCCAGAUCUGAACACAGUUACUGUUGAUCCACCAUCGACUCUGCUCAACCCGGAGCAGCUUGCUUUCCUGGAUCAACUGGUUCAAAAUCAUUCGCGCCUACCUCACGAACCCGAAGUUGUGCGGCUUUGGAUUGAUGCACUUGCUAUUGCAAGGACUAUGUACCCUAAUAACUUCUAG